AUGUCUUCAUCGAUAUUACGUUUUGGUAGUAAUAUACUAAAGUCUAAGUCUUUUCUCGGUAUUUCUUUAGUAUCUUUAGGACUUGGUUCAAUUUAUUAUUUGGAUGAAACUAAUGAGUCAAGAUUUUGUAAUGAAAAGAAUCAAUACUUUCGUACAGCUUAUUCUGAUAGAUUGAAAGAGUUAAAUAAACGACCAUCCGGUAAUUUACCAACAAGAGAUGAUAUUUUAAAUUCAUUAAAAAAUGAUUCAUUUGAUGUUUUAAUUAUUGGUGGUGGAGCUACUGGUGCUGGUGUUGCUUUAGAUUCUACAACAAGAGGUUUAAAAACGGCACUUGUUGAGUUGGAUGACUUCUCUUCAGGUACCAGUUCAAGAUCUACAAAAUUAAUUCAUGGUGGGGUACGAUACCUACAAGCAGCUAUUUUUGGACUUGAUCUUGAACAAUAUAGAAUGGUUAAAGAGGCUCUCUUUGAAAGAGCUAAUUUAUUAGAUAUUGCUCCACAUUUAAGUAAACCAUUACCAAUAAUGAUUCCAAUAUAUAAAUGGUGGCAGGUACCUUAUUUUUGGGCUGGUAUAAAAAUGUAUGACUUUGUUAGUGGUAAAAGAGUUCUUAAAAAUUCUUAUUAUAUUUCAAAAGAAAAAGCAUUAGAAAGAUUUCCUUUAAUAAAAAGUGAAGAUUUAAAAGGAGCUUUAAUAUAUUUCGAUGGACAACAUGAUGAUGCAAGAAUGAAUCUUGCUAUCAUAUUAACUGCCAUAAGACAUGGUGCUAGUGCUGCUAAUCAUGUUAAGGUAGAAAAACUUUUAAAAGAUGAUAAUGGAAAAUUAUAUGGAGCAACAGUUAAAGAUAUGAUUACUGGUGCUGAAUGGGAUAUUAAAGCUAAAGCUAUUAUUAAUGCUACUGGUCCUUUUACUGAUUCUAUUAGAAUGAUGGCUGAUUCAGAUUCUAAACCUAUAUGUCAACCAUCUGUUGGUGUACAUAUAGUUUUACCUGGUUAUUAUGCUCCAUCUGGAACUGGUUUACUUGAUCCACAAACAAGUGAUGGUAGGGUUAUUUUCUUUUUACCAUGGGAAAAAAUGACUGUUGCUGGGACAACUGAUUCACAACAUGAAGUAUCUUUUUCUCCAUGUCCUACAAAUAAUGAUGUUGAAUUUAUUCUUGAAGAAAUUCGUAGAUAUCUUAGUUCUAAUGUUGUUGUACGUAGGGGAGAUGUUAUGAGUGCAUGGGCAGGAUUAAGACCACUUGUUAAAGAUCCAAAUAAAAAAGAUACAAAAAGUUUGGCAAGAAAUCAUAUUAUUGAAAUAGGUAAAAGUGGUUUAAUUACUAUUGCUGGUGGUAAAUGGACAACAUACCGUCAUAUGGCUGAAGAAACAGUAAAUGCUGCAGUAAAAGAACAUAAUUUAAAACCAGUAAGUGGUUGUAUAACAGCAGGUUUAAUGUUAGAAGGUGCUCAUAAUUAUGAUCCAUUAAUGUACGUAAAUUUGGUACAAGAUUAUGGUAUGGAUGCUGAUGUAGCAAGUCAUUUAACACAAUCAUAUGGUGAUAGAGCUUUUGUUGUUGCUAGAAUGUGUAAAAUGACAGGAAAAAGAUGGCCUAUAGUUGGUCAUCGUUUACAUGAAGAAUAUCCAUAUUUAGAAGCAGAAGUUAGAUAUGCAUGUAAAGAAUAUGCUAUGACAGCAAAAGAUGUUAUAGCAAGAAGGUUACGUAUAGCAUUUUUAAAUACAUAUGCAGCACAUGAAGUUUUAGAAAAAGUAGUAUCAAUAAUGGCAGAAGAAUUAAAAUGGAGUAGAUGUGAACAAAAAGCACAAUUAUUAGAGGCUAGAAAAUUUAUUGAUACAGAAAUGGGUGUUGAUGCAAAAACACAAUCAUUAAGUAAUGUACCAUUAAAUUUAACAACAGAUGAAAUGAGAGCAGCAAAAGCAAAGUUUGAUUUACUUGAUAAAGACAGAAAAGGACAUAUUACAGUUAAUGAUUUAAGAAGACAUUUCCGUGCAGUUGAUGAAAAGAUUGAUGAGAGAUUACUACAUGAAUUAUUAAAUGAAGUUGAUUUAAAUAAAAAUGGUGAAAUUGAACUUCCAGAAUUUUUCUUAUUAUAUAGUGGAUUAAAGGGUGGUCAAAUUUCUGCAAAUAGAUUGGUAAAAUACCUUGAAGCACAUGAUAAUAAAUCUAAAAUGGACAUCUCAAGAUCAGGUGGUGGACUUUAA